CUAUCGAGAAUGGUAUUUAUCAUUUUUGUAUAAAAUUUACAAUGAAACCAUUUUUAAUAUUUAUUUUGUGUUCAGUAACCUGUAAUUGUGCAUAUGGGAUUGCAGCUGAAGAGACUCCAAUAAUUUUCCCAGACACCUGCCCAAAAACCGAAUACAAUCCAAACAACUUGGCCAGCUCUAUAAUACAAGAUAUCAAGACAUCAGUCCUGCUUGCAGAAUGUUUGCUGGCUAACUCAACAAAUUACCCAGACUACUACAGACCUCACGAUGGGGAAGAGUUUGAUUUCAUCAUUGUAGGAUCAGGAUCUGCAGGUGCUGUGAUUGCGAACAGGUUAUCCGAGGUACCUUCCUGGAGAAUCCUGCUGCUUGAAGCUGGUGGGAAUCCAGAAGAAACAACGGAAAUCCCAGGAUUAUAUGGUGCAUUGCAGAAGACUCCUUAUGACUGGCAAUAUCAUACUGACUCUGCUGAAGACAAUUGUCUGGCCAUGGUGAAUAACAGCUGUUUUUAGCCCAGAGGAAAGGUUCUUGGAGGUUCUAGCACAAUCAAUGGCAUGAUCUAUGUCAGAGGAAACAAAGAAGAUUACAAUGGAUGGGCUAGGGCAGGGAAUGAAGGAUGGGACUAUGAGAGCGUGCUUAAAUACUUCAAAAAGAGUGAAAACAUUGAAGCGGAAGAAGUUUUAAGACACAAUAACUACAAACAUUUUCAUGGUGAAGGUGGAUAUUUGACUGUUGGAUCUUUUAUUGACGAUUAUGUAAAAGAUUUGGUCAACGCACACACGAAAGGUAUGGAAGAACUAGGAUACAAAGCAAAUUACGACUAUAACGGUGAAUCACAAACAGGGUUUGCCAAGCUACAAGGAACGAUUGUUGGAAGUAGAAGAUGUAGUACAGCCAAAGCGUUCCUAAAAGAAUUCACAACCCGUAAAAACCUCUUAGUCUCUAGAUACU